AUGACAGAAGUUAUCGCCGAUCAGAAAGACCCAGCUGCACCUGCUACGCAUGGAAGCGACGUCGAAGCCAUCAACGAAAAGAAAGUCGUCAGUCGAUGGGCGGAAGCAGUCAGUACGGAUUACGCCGACCUGAUCUUCAUCCUCUGCUCGUUGACGACGGGUCUCUCCGAUGGAGUCAUAUACGCUUCAUUCGGCUGCUUUAUCAGCAUGCAGACUGGAAACACGAUUUUCCUGGGCUUGGGCGCAGCGGGCAUCCCAGAUAACAAACCGUACGGCUGGUUGAAAUCGCUGACCUCGAUCAGCGGCUUCUUUAUUGGUUCUUUCGUGUUCGCCAAGGUCAUGCGCUUCUUUGGGAAUCGCAAAAGAGGUACUCUGACGGUGUCUUUUGCCAUUCAGGCGAUUUUUGUCCUUGUCGCAGCCGCCAUUCUUCAGAGCGACGCAAUUCCGCAUUCCCUCACCUACCAGCCCACCAGCGGGCCACUCUUCCUCGAAUUGAUCCCAUUGGCCAUCCUGGCAUUCCAGUUCGGUGGUCAGAUUUCUGCGAGUCGUGGGAUGGGAUUCAACGAGCUGCCGACCGUUGUGUUGACUUCUGUCUAUUUUGAUAUCGCAUCGGACCCGGGACUGACGGAUAACAUCACCAAGAACGUGAAGCGCAACAGACGCAUAAGCUCAGUGGUGGCAAUUGUCGUCGGGGCUAUUAUUGCUGGCUGGCUGUGUCGCAGUAAAGCGGAAAUGCAAAGUGCUCUGUGGAUUGCGGGGUUCAUCAAGGUUUGCAUGUCUGUCGCAUGGGUGUUCUGGCCGGCUGCAGUGAAGCAAUGA